CUUAGGCCAUCCACACCUUUCGCCUUCGGAUCACCACUUUCGGGACGUGCAGCUCGGACAGCGUGCCAAUCAGGCAUUGAGCUCGGAUGGAGACAAGGUGGGGUUUUUAUGCAUGUCGUAGUGGACCCUUGAAGCUCAAAGCCGCGUGGCGCUUUCCAUUUGCAUAAAGCUCACCUGCCACUUGCCUUCAUCGUUCAGUGCCACCACCUGGGCAGUAAUUGAACACUAUAGCCGUCCAAAUAUCUGCUCGUCGAAAGCCGACAACGUAUUUGGGCGAACCCGCAUUGGACCGAGUAAUACGACAUCUACUGCUUGUAACAAUCAGGAUUGCGAAUGAUGGGCUCAGCACAGAAAUAUGAGUUGCCGUUCAAGCUUAACAACUCCGAGUUGUUACACAACCUGUCCUUCGUCCACGGAGAGUGGGUGAAGUCCAAGUCCGGCAAGACAUUCGAAGUCGUCGACCCCGGAACUGGUAAGCCAUGGACAGAGUGCCCUACGAAUGAUGCGGCAGAUGUCGACGCAGCUGUCAAGAGCUCGCAUGAAUGCUUCGAAAGCUAUCGGAAAAUCAGCCCUAGAGCAAGAGCACAAAUGCUGUUCAAGUGGGACUCCUUGAUCCGGGAGAACAAAGAAGAUGUAGCCACCAUUCUCGUAUACGAGACCGGGAAGCCGAGAGCCGAGGCGUACGGAGAGAUCGACUACUCUACUGGCUUCACAUGGUGGUUCGCCGGGGAAGCCGAAAGAAUCCAGGGCAGUGUCUUCACCCCGGCUUUGCCAGACCGACGAGUCUUCACCAUCAAGCAGCCUUUGGGAGUCGCAGCGGCCCUGGUACCAUGGAACUUCCCGAUCGCUAUGAUUCUGCGGAAGGCUGGUGCGGCUCUCGCGGCUGGUUGCACCAUGAUUGUUAAGCCCAGCCCGGAGACGCCAAUCACUGUCCUGGCUCUGGCCUAUCUGGCAGACAAAGCUGGGUUUCCUAAAGGUGCCUUGAACGUUCUUACUACGGACCUAGACAAGACCCCAGAGCUCAGUGAGGCGCUUUGCCGACAUCCUCUCGUUAAGAAAGUCUCUUUUACAGGUUCCACCAGGGUUGGCAAACUAGUCGCAAAGCUGUGUGCCGAUAACCUCAAGAAAGUCACGCUGGAGCUUGGGGGCAAUUGCCCCGUGUUGAUCUUUGACGACGCCAAUAUUGACCAAGCCAUGGCCCAGAUCUUCGCUCUGAAGUAUCGCCAUGCUGGCCAGGCAUGCAUCACUGCCAAUCGGAUUUACGUUCAGUCUGGGAUCUAUGACAAGUUCCUCGAACGCUGGAAUGCAGAAAGUCAGAAGAUUGUCGUCGGUCAUGGCGCAGACAAGGCUACCACCAUGGGUCCAGUAACCACACCGCGAGGUAUCGAGAAAGCACUUGCGCUUGUGGAGGAUGCAAAGUCGAAGGGCGCCACCAUUCACAUGGGAGGAAACGCUAUCUCCAAGGACGGGGGUUACUUCUUCGAGCCUACGGUUAUCACAGGGGUCACUCCGGAUAUGGACAUCUCAAAAGAAGAGAUCUUUGCUCCCGUCUCGACCUUCAUCAAGUUCGAGUCGGAAGAAGAGGUUGUCAAAGCGGCCAAUGACACCAGCAUGGGUCUUGCAUCAUAUUGCUUCACAAAGAACGUCGACCGCAUGUGGAGGUUGUUCGAGAAUCUGGAAGCAGGAAUGAUAGGAAUGAACACUGGCAACUCAUCAGCCGCAGAGUCACCUUUCGGUGGCAUCAAGCAGUCUGGAUACGGGAAAGAGUCCGGGAAAGAUGUUGCUGUGGCUGAAUAUCUGAUUACGAAGACCGGAACGUUCACUCUCGAGGGUCAGUCGUGAGGAACGAGCCGCAGUCCCUUAGGCUUGCGAGGAGGGUCCUUUGUACUCUAGGUUGACAACGAUGGCGAGCAUCCUUUAGAGAUCCGGAACGGCGACAAUGCCUAUUGUCGCCGCGAUCGCUCAACGCCACCCCGUGCUUUAGUCACUUCAAUCCAGUCAGUUUCGGCGUCUCCUUUGCUACACACGGGUCUAUGUGCCCCGUUGCUCUCUUUUGUUCAAUGUCUCAGCG